AUGAAUACAGUUAAAGGAUCAGCUAAAGAGUUAUUCAGACAAAUGAAAGAAGAGUUAAAUUAUAGAAGUAAUUCAAACGAAUUGUAUGAUUUAAUUUCCAAUGUUAGUUCAGAAGGAAAUACUUCAAAAGAUUAUUAUAAUGAAAUGAAAUAUUUAAAAAAGGAUCAAUUAAAAGCUUACAUUUGUAAAUUGAGAAAAGAAAUAAAAAAUUAUAAAAUAAAAGAAACGAACUUUAUUAUAGAGAUUAAAUAUUUAAGAAGAAAAGUUAUAAGGUUGAAAAAUGUAAUAGAAAAUGAUAGAAUAUUUAAAUAUCAGAGAAAUUUUUCCGUAAAAAAUUAUGAAAGAGAAUCAAAUUCAUUACAAAAUAAUUUUUAUAAUUAUAAUAUCAAUAAUUCAGAAAAAAGUUUUAAACCAUAUUCAUCUUCUACCUAUCAUAAUAAUCCUCUUAAAAGUAUUCAUUCUAAUUUAAAAUUUAAAAAUUUUUCUAUAAGAAGUAUUAAUGACAGUAUACAUAAUUCAAGGAGAAGGAGUAUUAAGAAUUAUGAUUCAUGCAGUUUUAAAUAUACUAAUGCAAAUAAUAAUAAAAUGAUACUUCAAAAAAAUGCCUCAAAAAGUAAUUCUAUUAGUUCCUUUUAUAAAGACAAAGGAAGAUAUAAUAAUUCUUUUUAUAUGGAUUACAAGAAUAAAUUAAAUUCAAAUGAUAAUACUCAAAAGAAAAAAUAUUUUCCAAAUAGAAGUUUUUCUUCUAUAUCUAAAUUUGAAUUAAAAAAACAUCUUAUCUCUAAUAAUAAAAAUAUUCGUAAUUUAUCUAGUGAAAUUAAUAAUAUAAUUUCAAAAGGUAUCAAAAAUUAUUAUAAUUCAAAAGAUAGUAUUUUAUCUAAUAAAAAUAUAAAUAUACCACCAAAUAAAUUAUUAGAAAAAUCUUCAAAUAAUGAAAAUUAUACAAAUAAAAAUAAUAAUAAGAUAACCUUAAAUAACUUAAAUAUAAAAGAGAUUAAAAAAAACUAUAAUUGUGAUAUAUAUAAUUAUAAUUACCAUCAAAAUAUUUUAAAUAAAAAAUAUUCUUCUCCAUAUUCAUUCAAAAAAAGUAAGUUAAUUAAUAAUAAUAAAAAAAACACAGAAAAUAUUAUUAAGAGAAAUAUUGAAAAUGUUAGUAGUAAAAUUAUUGAGUUACCACUUUCUGAUAAUGAUUCAAAAAAAAAUAAUUUAAAAAAUAAUAAAAUUAGUAAAAUAAGAAAAAAUGAUAUUAAUUCUAUUAAUAAUAUAAUAAAUAUGAAAAAUGAUAGCGAAAAAAUUCAAAGAAUAGAUAGCACAUCUUCUAAUCAAAAAAUCAAAACAUAUUUAGAAAAAAAUUCUCCAAACAUACACAAUGAAAAAAAUACAAAAAAAAAAAAAAGUAAUAAAGAAAAAUUAUGUAUAACUAAAUUAAAAAAUAAAGAUGAUAAAAAAUAUUCUGAAUUUCAUAAUAGCAUUAAUCAUAUUAAAACUCAAAUUUCUAAUUCGGAAAAAGAAGAAAUUAAAAAAAAACAAAAUAAUUUAUUAAAACUUAAGAAAAAUAUAGAUUUAGAAUUAAAAGAAAAUUUUAGAAAGGAACUAGAACAGUUAAAAAAUAGAAAUAAUAAAUUAAUAUCAAAACCCAAUAAUUUUUAUAAUUUUUCUAUUGAUAGUAGUAGAAGUAGUAGUAGUCAUAAUGAUAACAAUAAUAAUAAAAUAAAUUUAGAAAAAAAAAACUUUAAAUAUAAUAUAAAUAAUAACCCUUUAAGAGAAUCAAAUGUAUUAAAUAUAUCUUUCAAUGAUAUUGAUAAAAGAAUAAGUAAUUUACAAAAUUAUUUGAAAAAUACAAGAAAAUGA